AUGGCCUUUGUCGAGAUGAUAUUAUCUCAACUCUCGCCAGAGUGGAAGCUGUAUUCAUAUUCAGACUUCAGAUUUGGCCAAUCUUUACUGGGCUCAAAGGAAACUUGGUAUACCUGGCAGGACAACCGCGCCAUGUACAAAGAAUUCAGACCCAUGGUCGAGUUACAGCCGCGAAGCCACGACCACACCGAAAGACCUAGAACUAUCAAUAGCCUAGCCAUCCGCGCUUAUAUGAAGGAGUAUGACUCCAACCCCGCGCGUAGUGAUGAUUUUGAUCCAGAGUUACUUGAAACGACCAUUCAACAGAUCAAAAUUCUCUUCUUCGCUGGUCACGACACGACAUCAUCGGCGCUUUGCUUUGCCUACAGCCGUUGUUACAAAAGCCCGAACAACCUCGGCCGACUGCGCGCUGAACACGAUGCUGUCUUCAGCCCCAAUCCUUCGACGGCAGCCUCCAGAACCGCAGCAACGCCCGCAUUCCUCAACCAGCUUCCCGAUACAACAGCCUUCAUCAAAGAGAGGCUACGCCUCGACGCUUCUGUCCUCGGUCCAACAGGGCCACCCCGACUUCUCCCUCACGCACCCGGAAGCAAGAAAGGAGAGGAGCUCGUGUUGACGGAGCUUAGGAUGAUUCUGGCCAUCAUAGCACGGAACUUUGAGACCGCGCCCCUGUAUGCGGAGGGAACCGUAUCAUUUACCGGCGAUGUGGCGUACCGGUCAGGCCUGCGUGACGAGGUAAUACCGGAUCCGAGGGAUGAUAAACUCGCUACAGAUGCGACCUAG